UUCCCAUAGCUGCUCAAGUGAUAUUUUUUUUAGACAUGGACGAGGAAUCCCUCAAAAAAUACGAACAAGAGCUGGGCUGGUGUAUUGGCAGACUAAGAGACAAUCUGCAUUCCGGAACGCUCUCCGACAAACAAGCAAAGGAAGCCGUCAAAACAUUGAAAUCAUUGGAAAGCCCUAAAGCACCCAUCCCCAAGAAACGAAUGCUCAUGAGAUCCACCUUCGGAGAUUACCGAGCCCAAAUGGAACUAGAAAACGACAAAUUCAAAAUAGCUCCCUCGCUCAAGGACCAAACCAAACCUCCGAUGACAUCUCAGUUUUUUAAAAAAUCGGCACAGCAGACCAAUCCUGCUGGGACUGAAUUUCGGUUCAAUUUUGGGAGUGCCACAUCGGCACGUCCUCCACCCACUGACACACCGGGCCCUUCAACUAGUUCCCAUUUGAACUUCCAAUCAUCCGACAAUUCAUUCCGAUUCAACUUCAAUGGCUCCUGAUUGAUGACUAAUACAAGCACUUUUACAUCACGGAA